AUGAGUAAAAAAUCUUUUGUUAAAGGGCCUUCUGGUUUGCCGAAGGAACUUAACAAUGAUAAGCAAUGGAAUUAUUCAUUAGUAAAUAUAUGGGUGGCUUCGCUUGCUCUUAAGUUGUUAUUAUCAGUUGGCUAUCAUUCGACAGACUUCGAUGUACAUAGGAAUUGGUUAGCCAUAACGUACAAUUUACCAAUAUCUAAGUGGUAUAUUGAAAACACUUCUCAAUGGACAUUGGACUACCCACCUUUUUUUGCAUAUUUCGAGUGGGUAUUGGCCAGCUUCGUGCCUGAUUUCGUUAAAAGAGAUGGAUGUUUAAAGAUAGUUGAAAAGGGGUUAUAUAGUUUACCAACAGUUUUAUUUCAAAGAUUAUCAGUGAUUGUGAGUGAGGUUGUUUUAUUCGUUUCAUUGCAAUGGUAUAUUAAUUCCUCGAAGACGCACACUGAAGCUAAAAGAGCUUUCGUUGUUGCGUCAAGUCUCGUAUUAUCUCCAGGGUUAUUAAUUAUUGAUCACAUUCAUUUCCAAUAUAAUGGUAUGUUAUACGGAAUACUUGUGUUGAUGAUAAAUUCAGCACGGUUGAAGAAAUACUUGAUGUGUGGAUUUUGGUUUUCAAUAUUAAUCUGUUUUAAGCACAUCUACUUAUAUUUAGCUCCGGCAGUUUUUAUUUUCUUGCUUCGUGCUUAUUGCUUAAACUUGAAUUUUGGGAAGACCAAAUCUUCGAACAUUUUAAAGAUAGUCAGAUGGAAGAAUUUAUUUAAGUUAUCAUCAAUAGUCAUUGCUGUCUUUUCUAUUGCAUUUGGCCCCUUCAUUUAUUAUGAAGUUAUGCCUCAACUCAUUGAAAGAUUAUUUCCAUUCAACAGGGGAUUAACACAUGCGUACUGGGCACCUAAUGUAUGGGCAAUUUAUUCUGCAAUUGACAGGUUGUUGAUUCAAAUAUAUUACAGAAUACCAAUAAGUCGCCCAAUCUUGUUAAAGAUCUUUAAGUUCAAUCCGCAAUACUUAUGGGAUACUAAAUUGGUUAAUAAGACAACAAGAGGUUUAAUCGGAGAUGUUGAGUUUUUAAUCUUGCCUACAAUCACCUCGCAAUUGACAUUCUUCUUAACAUUAUUUUAUCAAGUUAUGGCUUUGAUUCCUUUAUUUUUACAGCCUACAUUUAGAAGAUUUAUGGGAUCAUUAACCUUGUGUGGCUUUGCGUCUUUCUUAUUCGGCUGGCAUGUUCAUGAAAAGGCUGUCUUGGUGGUCAUUUUUCCAAUGACAUUUUUAGUCAGCAGAGAUAGGGACUUACUAGGACCUUUCAAUUUACUAGUAAGUUGUGCAUAUAUUUCCUUGUUCCCAUUAAUUUUCACUUGCGAUGAAUGGCUCAUUAAGAUCACCUACAUGUUAUUAUGGUACAUUGUUUACUACUUUAGUCUUAAAAAGGUUGUUAGGUUGCCAAAAACAAAUGGUGGGUAUGGUAAAGUGAUUUUGGACAGAGUUAAUAAUGGUUAUAUUUUGGGUUUGGUGCCGGUCAUUACCAUUGUUAGUCUCAUAGACUUGUUCGAACAUAAAUUUGAAAUUUUGAGAAAACUACAAUUCAUGAAGCUAUUAAUUAUUAGUGUCUACUGUGGCAUUGGUAUCAUAAGUAGCUGGAAUGGUUUUAGUUGGCUAUACUUUGUUGAUGAGUCCAUCUGGACAGAUGAAUAG